CGGCGCCGCGCCGUGCCCCAUGCGCCGCUGCUGCCCGGCCCUCUGCAUCGCCCCCGGCACCCGCGGCCGCCGCGGCGCCGCCGUCGCCAUCGCCGCCCCGCUCCCGCCCGCCGCCGUGUCCCGCCCGCCGCUGCUGGUGCUGGUGCUGCUGCAGCGCCGCCCCGCGCCGCCCGCUGCCGCGCCUCCGCCGCACAAGAUGGCGGCCGGUGGGAGCGGCGGGGGCCCCGGGGGCCUCUCCUCCUCCUGCCCGCAGCCGCCGCCGCCGCCGGGCAACGGGGCCGCCGCCGCCUGCACCAACGGCGCGCCGCCGUCCCCGCCCGGCCUCACCUACAACCAGUGCGGCGCGGCCAACCCGGCGGCGAGCGGCGGCGGCGCGGGGGGCCCGGCGGCGGCGGCGGCGGCGGCGGGGGCGGCGGGGGCCGCCGGGGGGGCGGGCGGCCCCGGCGGGGCGCUGCAGCGGGAGCCGGUCUAUAACUGGCAGGCGACGAAGCCCACGGUGCAGGAGCGGUUCGCUUUCCUCUUCAACAACGAGGUGCUCAGCGACGUGCACUUCCUGGUGGGGAAGGGCCGCGGCUCGCAGCGCAUCCCGGCGCACAGCAGAAGAUGUUUGGCGCUGGAAUUGAGUCGCAAAGCAGCCAUGAGUCUAAUUCGAGAGGCACCGUGUUGCUUCGGCAACCAAGGGCAGAUGUUCGCGCUCGGGUGCUGGGGUCUGGAACAGCGCACGGUUAACAGGUUUGUGCUGGCCGUGGGCAGCGCGGUCUUCGAUGCCAUGUUCAAUGGUGGGAUGGCCACAACUUCGACAGAGAUUGAGCUGCCUGACGUGGAGCCCGCUGCCUUCCUCGCCCUGCUCAAGUUUCUUUAUUCAGACGAAGUGCAGAUUGGACCAGAGACUGUUAUGACAACGCUUUACACAGCUAAAAAAUAUGCAGUUCCAGCCCUUGAAGCCCAUUGUGUGGAGUUUCUCAAAAAAAACCUCCGAGCAGACAACGCGUUCAUGCUGUUAACACAGGCAAGGCUUUUUGAUGAGCCUCAGCUGGCCAGCCUGUGCCUGGAGAACAUCGACAAGAACACGUCGGACGCCAUCAACGCGGAGGGGUUCACAGACAUCGACCUGGACACCCUGGUGGCGGUGCUGGAGAGGGACACGCUGGGGAUCCGGGAGGUUCGCUUGUUUAACGCGGUGGUUCGCUGGUCGGAGGCCGAGUGUCAACGGCAGCAGCUUCAGGUGAUUCCAGAGAACAAGCGGAAAGUUCUGGGCAAAGCGCUUUCUCUUAUCCGCUUCCCGUUGAUGACUAUUGAGGAGUUUGCAGCAGGCCCCGCGCAGUCGGGCAUCCUGACGGACCGCGAGGUGGUCAGCCUGUUCCUGCACUUCACCGUGAACCCGAAGCCGCGGGUGGAGUUCAUCGACCGGCCGCGGUGCUGCCUGCGCGGGAAGGAGUGCAGCAUCAGCCGGUUCCAGCAGGUGGAGAGCCGCUGGGGGUACAGUGGGACUAGUGACAGGAUAAGGUUCUCAGUAAACAAAAGGAUAUUUGUAGUUGGGUUUGGAUUAUACGGAUCCAUACAUGGGCCAACGGAUUACCAAGUAAAUAUACAGAUCAUCCACACGGACAGUAACACGGUCCUGGGGCAGAACGACACCGGCUUCAGCUGCGACGGCUCAUCAAACACCUUCCGGGUCAUGUUCAAGGAGCCCGUUGAGAUUUUACCCAACGUCAACUACACGGCGUGUGCUACUCUGAAGGGUCCCGACUCGCACUACGGAACCAAAGGACUGCGCAAAGUCAUCCACGAGUCGCCGACGACGGGCGCCAAGACCUGCUUCACGUUCUGUUACGCGGCCGGGAACAACAACGGCACGUCGGUGGAGGACGGACAGAUCCCAGAGAUCAUCUUCUACACAUAGUGAGCUGCGCCGGACUCUCCGUUCUCGUCCCCGUCACCUUCCCAACUAAAUCUCUGGCUGAGUUGACCACACCGAUGGGAGCCGCACUAGCCAAAGGUCUCAGUAAAAUCAUUUCAAAGCUCAUGUUCUGCCUUGUGCUAGUGAUUCUGCUGCUAUCACGUGCCAGACUAACUGGUGUCCCAGUCCCAUGUGUAGGUUGUCUGUGGCUCGUCAUUUUCACUUCUACUGAUUAAUCCUAUCUAAUAACAUGCAAUUUUUUUUGGACUGUAAUGAAUGUAGAUGCAUUUCCACCAGUCAGAAGCAUGGAAACGAGUGGCUCUGGUUGUGGUUUGACUUGCCGGGAGGAGAUAAACCUGCACAAAGACACAGUUGGGGCUGCGUGGCCCGUCCUGCUGCUCCAGCUCAGCAGCCGAGCUGAUGUUCCCCACCAGGGCUCAGCCCGCCCGGGCCCGACCCCUCGAGCGUCACGGGAAGCGGCCUUUCCCCCGGCUGCGCUGUCCCCGCUGUUGGGCAGCUCAGGGCCGGAGCGGCCGCGGCCGUUCGCGCUGUCCUCGCUGACCGGUGGCCGCAGGGCCCGGCUGCGCUCCCGCGCCGCUGCCUUCCUCCCCGGCUCUUCGGGCUCCGUGGUGUGUUUUGGGGGGUCCGGGACAGCCCGUGCUUGGCAGCAGUUGCCCCGCUGGUCGUUACCGUGCUGAUUAGCCCUUCGCAGAUAGCGCUGGGGUUUGCCAGUUGCAGCACUUGCCCCGUUCCUGUGCGUCGCUGCUGGUUUCACGCACGUCUCGAUGCGUUUUCUCUGCGUUUCCUGCAUCGCGAAGCCCCGUGCGAAAUAGGAAGAGGUUUGAGGUGCGACCGCCCGUUACCCAAAGUGCAGCAGAUGGAUGAGGAUUCGUGAAGCAGUUCAAGAAAAAUGUUAAAGGUUUUGUGUUUGCACGAGCCGCCUGUUGGGGCAGGCACGGGAAAGACGCAGUAUCCCCAGAUCCCGCCUGCUCGGGGCUGUCGAGCUCUGUUAUCUUGAAGACGCCUCUUUGCCCCCGUUCGGGGCCGGUUCCUGUUCCCACAGCAGCUGCGACUCGAGGGGACGGGGCCGCUUGUGCCCCUGGCUGCCCCCCCACCCUCCCGCUGGCAACCCCGGGAUUCCUCCUCCUCCUCCUCCUCUGCAGAGGAAGCUGCGAUUAAAACGCCGGAGCCUUCCGCGUCCGCGUGGGACUCGCUGGCCGGGAGGUGCCGACGUUUCCCUCCGCGAGCGGAGCCGCCGUGACUCACCACGCAGUUGUCACCGCGCUGGGCCGCUGGAAGUCGGCGCCUGGUGGUCCCUCGCUGGCUGGGGACACGACCCGUCUGUGCAGGUGCCUCCUCACCAACGCCGCCAGAACACCCUGCGCCCCAACCAGGAGCUACUCCCCAUGUCCAUAGUGUGUCGCGUUCUCUAGGAAGACGUUGUAAGAUGUGUAUAUUGUAAACCUGCUUCAAGGUAGGAUGUUUUUAAUAUGGCCAGUACUAAAGAAAAACAAUAGGUUAAAAACAAAAUGAUGGGUCCACGAUGUAGCUAUGGAAGCCGCCUGUGCCACGUGAAGUGCUGUGAGCGGGUUGGCAGCCGGGGCGGGUGGCGCUCGGGGUGGACGCGGCUGCGCCGCUGCCCCUUCCCGGGGGCUGUGGGAGCCUCACUGCGCCCGUCCCGGGGCGUCUGCGCUGGGCCCGACGCCUUGGGCUGCAGCGGUGGCAGCCGUGGAGAUGAUGGGAGUGUGGCAGAGGCAAAGCCUGCGCUUGGCCGGAAGGAGCCGGGCCGGGGCAGCCUGGGCUCAGGCGGCUCCUCGGGCUCUUCCCUGGAAACGUCUGGGUUUCUGUGGUUUUGUUAACGCAGUUACAGCCCCUCCUGCCCUUCCCGCCGUCCGGGAGGGGAAGGAGCCAACCCUGAGCUACACCGGAGCAACUUCUGUUCUUAUGGCUUUGAUGCAGUUGGAUGCGAUUCUGGCUUUGUAGAUAGAUGAAUGUAAUUCAUUGUUGGACAUGCCUGUUCCCAAGAGUCUGAGACGUUCUGUUGUAGCGCGUCACCUCCCGAGCAGAGCUGGCCCGGCGACCCCAGCGCUAUACGAUGAAUGUAUCCGACGCUCUCGUUCGUGUUCACACUCUGCUUUUGGCCAGCUUUGUGAUCUGUAAAUAGGAUCAAUAAAGACAUUCGGGUUGUACAGAA